AUGCUAGCUGGUGGGACCGGUCAAAUGACGCAGCAGAGGAGUGGCACUUUCCUCUCAUUUGACGCCUGCACUUGCGUCUGGUCGUCCCUCCCCCACACCACCAGUUCUGUCUCUGGAGCCGCUAGUGGGAGCGCCAGCAGCGAGCAACGCAGCGUGCUGUCACUGGAGCCGCUACUGGGAGCGCUAGCAGCGGGCAACGUGGUGGUGCUGAAGCCCUCAGAGCUCUCCCCCGCCUGCUCGCACCUCCUCUCGCGCCUCCUCCCCCUCUACCUCGACUCUCAGGCCGUUCAGGCAGGUGCUAUCCGAGCCAGCCAGCAGGUGGUGGAAGGCGGCCCAGAGACAGGCAAGGCGCUGCUGGGGCGGCGGUGGGAUAAAAUCUUCUUUACAGGCGGCACGGCACUGGGGCGCAUUGUGAUGGAGGCGGCCAGUAAGCAUUUGACACCUGUCACUCUGGAGCUGGGCGGCAAAAAUCCACUGUUCAUCGACGAGUCGGCUGACCUGGAGGUGUGUGCUGCUGACCUGGAGGUGCGGUGGAGAGGACUGGGUGGGGCAGCUGAUUCCGGGUGA